AUGCCACCCUUACCCCACCCCCUCGCAACCCUCCUUUCAAUUCUUCUUUCUCUCACCCUCCUACUCUCAUUCUACAUCUACCAAUCCCCCACUUCCCUCACCUUCACCACACCGCACCUUCAAACCACAAACGGCAUCCCGGGCCUCACUUUCUCCCUCAGCCAAAUAUCCACCUCCCCACCAGCCCUCCUCGUCACCCUGCAAAAUAACCACCCAGAAACCACCUAUACGCUCCUCAAAUGGGCCACACCCCUCGAUGCCUCGGCGCUAGACACAGGCGUCUUCAGUAUAACAACGGCAGACGGGAAGGCUGUAGAACAAGUUGUUCGAAGAAUCACGCGUAAGAUGCCGCCGCCGCCGAACCAAAUUGUGGAGCUUGCGCCAGGCAGGAACGUGAGCAGGGAAGUUUUGUUUGAUAAGAGCGCGGCGGUGGUAACGGGCAUGGGAAAGUAUAGGGUUGAAGCUAAAGGGGUAUGGAAAGGGGGGUGGGCGAGAAAUAGGGCGGAGAUUACGACGAAGGAUUUGUGGGCGUUUGGUGAGAGUGAGUUCGCGGGCUCGAGAUUUGUGAUAGAUGGUGUUGAGAUGAUUGUGGAAUGA